AUGGAGGUGAACCCGAAUGUGAUGGAUUCUGCUGAUAUUUUAGAUUUAGAUUUCGAUUUCGAUUUCGAUUACAAUUAUAUCCUAGAAGAUUGUAUUGACUGCUUCAAGAAUCUCCCAUCUGGGAUUAGGUUCGCCACUGAACAGGAGCUAAUCACUUCCUGCCAGAAGCCCCAGCCACGAAACCAGAUCAUCCAGGCUAACGUUUAUCAAUACAACCCAAACAUUCUUACAGAAAUAUACAAAGAAAAAGAUAACGGAAAAGGGGAAUGGCACUUUUUCACACCAAGAGAAAGAAAGUACCCAAAUAGAGAUCGACCAAAUCGAUCAACGGGUGAUGGAUAUUGGAAGGCUAGCGGAGCUGACAAGUCAAUUAAAGAUGCAAGAAAUAUUGUUGUUGGGUUUAAGAAGUCACUGGUGUUUUACGAAGGAAAAGCUCCCAGAGGUCGCAAGUCCCAUUGGAUUAUGCAUGAAUAUAGGAUCAACGAUGCUCCUCGUCGAAAGAGAACAUCUGCAAAUGACAUGAUAUUGGAUGAAGUCUUAUGUAUGAUCUAUUACAACACCACUCAUAAAUCUAAAACCAUUACGGGUACAGAUGAUGAGGAUCCAUCAACUUCAAACCCGACUUCAGCUGGAUCCACAACUUCUUCCCAUGAUCAUCUGAUAGCCUCAACUUCAAACCUGACUUCAGCUGGAUCCAAAACAACUUCCCAUGAUCAUCUGAUAGCCUCAACUUCAAACCCGACUUCAGUUGAAUCCGCACCUUCCCAUUAUCAUCAUCCGAUUGAUAAGCCUGUUGUGGAUAUGCAUUACUGUAUGCAGCAGCAGCAGCACAACUAUAUGCUGCCGCAGCAGUACAACACUAUGAUGCCACAGCAACAACAACUACUCCAAAAUGCAUCCCGGAUAAAUGAUCAACCCAACUAUAUGGCUUCAAACAGGCCUGAUCAUCAAUUUCCAGGACCAGGAGGAAAUAAUGUGGUUGCAAACCGGCCUGAUAAUCAUCAAUUUACAGGGGGAGUGGAUAGCAGCAAUUAUGGAAAUCAAUAUCAUACCAUGCAAGGCAUCUGUACGGACAACAACUUUGAUGAUUUGCUCUCUAAAAUUCUCAAUUAUAAUCCGAUAGAUGAUGAUAUCCUGAAUGAUGAUUUGGGCGGAUGUACGGACAACGACUUUGAUGAUUUGCUCUCUAAAAUUCUCAAUUAUAAUCCGAUGGAUGAUGAUAUCCUGAAUAAUGAUUUGGGCAGACGUACGGACUGA